AUGAUCUGCUGGCAAUCGACAGCCUUAGUAGAUAUACAGGGGACACUGCAGGGUCUCCUGUACAUAUCGAACGGGUACCAACCUUCGUUGGAUGGCGGCAAAGUAUGUACCUGCGCUAAGCAUGGGCUCUCUUUGAUUGUCCUGUCAGCCUUGGUGAUGUUGGGAACCAUUUUGCCGUUGCCCGGACCAAGUCGGUACCUCCUCUUCGGAGGAUGCUGUGCUGUAAAACUUGGGGAGGCAGAUGGGAUCAUCCGCGAGUCCCAUCAAUCCAUGCGGGUUUGGAAGCCUGAGGCGGAGUGGGUACCUGCUGUAGCAAUACGCUUUGCCACUUCGUCUUGCGGGGCAUCCGGGACGCAAGUCCAAAACCUUCGUGGGAAGGCCUGAAGUCAGACUGGGGGUGCACGAUCCCAGUUCAGGCGGGUCCGGCUAAACUCCAGUGCAUUCAGCGGAGUUUUCGGAAUUACACACCAACUGUGUGAUCCACUUGCAACUGGCCAUGCAACCCCGCUCUUUUUCGAAAAAGCGAAGAAACAAGUUGGAGCUCCAAACCUCGCGGUAUACUUGUUUGUCCUUCGGGCACCUUUCUGUGGGCAGUGGGCUUUCAUGUGGGUUGUAGGCUUUCGAGUCAAGGAAAAGAGACUUAUCGGUCUGUUGCAUGGGUACAGGAUCCAAAGGACAUACACAUACUUUCGGAUCAGUACACCCAGCCGGGCCAUAGAACAAAACUUCCAUUACAUCUCUGACCGGAGUGGGCUGAAUAUACAGAGAAUUAUUCGCCUGCUAUGCUCUUGGUCAUUGAUGUACCUGGAAACAUUCAUCUCAACCAAACAAGAUUGGCGAUUGCUUUAUUAGUAUCUAGCUUUGAAUUCAAG